AUGAAUAGAAUCAUUUUAGCUUUAUUAUUUGUAGUCUCUGUACUUUCAGUUGCAUCCAAUGCUUCAUUGGCAUCAACCAACUUUGAUGGUCUCGUCUCUUUAGAAAUCGGUAACGAUGCUGUUAGAGCCUACGUCAUUUCACUCAGCGAAGUUACCCAAACCAUGGUAUUCUCUGGAGCAUCUGUUUUUGGUAGCGUACUUGGUGAUGAUAAUGUAUCUUAUUCAUUUGAUACUAGUAUUUUCACAUUUGAAUCGAUUGGUAAUUUCAUUACCUAUACUCAAGCCUAUGCCUCUGGAAGCGGUAGUGCUACCACGACAGGUGGAGCCACCGGCUCUGUUGCAGCCUUUGCUGCCAUUUAUAAGCUUUUCGCUCUUGCCGAAUACGAAGAGACCAACGGUGAAGACGGUUUCCAAAUCGGUGAAGAUAAGCUUGAAGGUUGGUUAUUGCUCGGCAACCCAUCCUACAAAUUCUCCAAGCAAGAGACCGACCUCAAGGCCACCUUGUCAAACGGAACUGAAAUCAACUUUAAGGCUUACAAUGUUCUCGCCGACUCUGGUUUGGUAGCCUUGCGUUUCACCGUCUCUGACGCACCAGUUGAAAUUGAAGGUACCACCAUCUCAUCAGAAACCUCCAAGAUUGAUAUUGAAAUCAAUGGAUAUUUUGAUUCAUCGGUCAACAAGCCAACCAUUUUAUGUUCGUCUGCCGACCCAAUGUUUAGUUGUGGUAGCACCGGUCCAUCGACCAAUCCAAACUCUCGUGUUGCUCUCAUCUCUGCCUAUGUCUCUGCCAACGUCGACGCUUCAUUCAACUCAAAUGUCCAAGGUGGUAUCAUCAGCGGUGGUGCCGUCCAAGGCAAGUUUGAAUUUGUCACCACUGUCGACACCCAAAUCAACGGUACCGCUGGCACUGCCAACGUUAUCACCAACGCCCAAGGAUUUGCUCAAGGCGAUGCCCCAGACUUCCUCGUCAAGUUUGACGCCACCGCCAACAUUGGUUUGGCCGGUCAAUUCCUCGUCCAAACAUUCGAUGCUGUCAGACCAGACACCAUCACCUGGGAUCCAAGUGUCGGUGUUGAAAAGUCAUCCUUUGCCAUCACUCUCAUCCCAUCCCUUUCACUUGUUGUAUUUAUUGUCUUUGGUUUAUUAAUUUAA